AUAAUACACAUAAACACCGGAUCCCGUUCGGACUGAAAACCGCUUCUUCUGACAGCCGGGCGAGCGAUCACGGCGAAGGGAGAAAAAAACGCCUAUUUAUUUCUACUUUGAAGUCCAUUUCCGAAGCCCUCCAGCCAUGGCAGCUUUCGAAGAAAUGGGCGUAAUGCCAGAGAUAGCGAAAGCUGUCGAGGAGAUGGACUGGACACUCCCCACGGAUGUGCAGAACGAAGCUGUGCCCCUCAUCUUAGGAGGUGGAGAUGUGCUGAUGGCCGCAGAAACAGGCAGUGGCAAGACGGGAGCUUUCUGCCUGCCCAUCCUGCAGAUCGUGUGGGAGACGCUCAAGGACAUCCAGCAGGGCAAGACGUCCAAGGUCAACAAGGAAGUCUCACCCCACUGGCUUAUGAGCUUCUUUGACCGUGAUGCGGGCAUGGCAGUGACGCCCGAUGGCCUGCGGUGCCAGUCGCGUGACCCCAAGGCCUGGCAGGGCGUCCGCUGCACUAAGGGGGUUGUGGGCAAGGGCAAGUACUACUACGAGGCCACUGUAUCCGACGAGGGGCUGUGCCGCGUGGGAUGGGCAACGCCUCAGGCUGCCCUAGACUUGGGCACGUGCAAGGCAGGAAUGCAGAGAUGUCCUUCAACUUUGGGGCAACAGAAUUCAAGUUUCCUCCUAAGGGGGGCUUUAUGGCUAUCUGUCAGGCUCCUAAGGAUUGCACAGUAACCUCAGGCGUCAGAGGCGGAGACAAGCCGCAGAAGGUGGAGAACAAUGCCCCUCAGGCCAUCAUUAUUGAGCCCUCUCGGGAGCUAGCUGAGCAGACCUUGACUCAACUCAAAAUGUUCCACAAACACUUGGACAAUCCUGUAGUACGUGACUUGUUGGUGGUAGGUGGCAUUCCAGUGAAGGACCAGAUUGCAGCUCUCAACUCGGGUAUUGACAUUGUGUGUGGCACUCCCGGUCGAUUGGAGGACCUCAUCAACACGGGGCAGCUCUCACUUCAGUCGUGCAAAUUUUUUGUACUUGAUGAAGCAGAUGGUCUAUUGAAACAGGGACAUGAACGCCUCGUUAAUAACAUCCACAGUGCCAUCCCAAAGAUCACAUCUGAUGGAAAGAGGCUCCAGAUGAUUGUCUGUUCUGCUACACUGCAUUCCUUUGAGGUCAAGCGUAUGGCUGAACGCCUGAUGCACUUCCCAACUUGGGUUGACCUUAAGGGAGAAGAUGCUGUUCCUGAGACUGUUCACCAUGUUGUUGUAACAGUUGACCCACGUGCUGACACCACCUGGUCCACCUUGCGACGCCAUAUCCCCACGGACGGAGUGCACCAGAAGGACAAUGUGCGGCCAGGAAACAAUACGCCAGAAACCCUGAGUGAAGCUGUGAAGAUGCUGAAAGGAGAGUACUGUCUGAAAGCCAUUGACACCCACAAGAUGGACAAAGCUCUGAUCUUCUGCCGCACAAAGCUUGACUGUGAUAAUCUAGAGCGCUAUUUCAAUCAAAUUGGUGGAGGACCCAAGAAUCCUGCCAAUCCCUACUCUUGUGUAUGCCUCCAUGGUGAUCGUAAGCCCAACGAACGCAAAGCCAAUCUUGAAACCUUCAAGAAUGGGCGAGUCAGGUUCCUCAUUUGCACUGAUGUUGCUGCCCGUGGAAUUGAUGUCAGUGGCCUGCCCUUCAUUAUCAAUGUGACUCUGCCGGAUGAGAAGAGCAACUACGUACAUCGCAUUGGCCGUGUGGGCCGAGCAGAGAGGAUGGGUUUGGCUAUCUCCAUUGUUGCAGCUGUGCCAGAGAAAGUGUGGUACCAUGGUGAAUGGUGUCCAACGAGAGGACGCAACUGCUACAACACUCGCUUGACGACAGAAAAAGGCUGUUGUACGUGGUAUAAUGAACCCCAGUACUUGGCUGACAUUGAGGAGCACCUGGGGGUGACCAUCCAGCAGGUGGACAAGGAGAUGAAGGUCCCCGUGGACGAAUUUGACGGGAAGGUUGUCUACGGCGAGAAGAGAGCGGCCGCGGGUUCAAACUACCAGACGCAUGUGGAGCAGCUCGCACCUGCUGUGAAGGAGCUAGCAGAACUAGAGCGACAAACGCAGACCAUCUACCUGAAACGUCAGUAUGGAAAGGAGUAUCCCUGGACACGAUAAGGCCAAUUAUAGUAUUAAAAUUUUUCUCUUGUAAUUUCUUAUUGCUAUUAUAACAAAAUGGAAAGCAAGUGCUCAAUGUUUGAUAUUACAAAUAUAUCACUCCCAUUUAUCUUCCAUGUUAUUAGUAUUGCAGUUACAUGUUAUUUGGUAGCUAAUCAAGUAAUAGAUAUUUGUGAGCUGCUAUCAUUGUGGUUUUGUUUAAUACAUUUAGUUUUCAGUUCGUGAGGCAUUAUCACGAUGGUUUGGUUUUCCAUUAUUUUUAUUUUUUAUCCUUUCAUUAUUAUAUGCUGUGUAAUCCAAGCUAAGGUCUCAUUGUGUGAAUUAUGACAUGCUUUAAAUGUAGAGAUCAAACUCAUAUUUGAAGUUCAGACAAGUUACAUGUGAAGGGUACUACGGAACAAAUUGUAAUGGAGUGAAAAUGUAUUUGAUGUAUCUCGCAUGUUUUGGCUGUGCCAUCUUCCUGCUUUUCCUAUGUGAUUGAGGCACAAGUGUGUCAUUUGCCAAUCAUGGUUGGCAGUUAAAAUAAAUGAUGCAAGAAAU